AUGUGCGAGCAAGGAUGCGCUUGCAACCUCGCGGCCAAGGUCAACACAGGCAUAGGGUGCGUGGUCGUCGCCAUCGGCCUCAUCAUCUACAUCAUCGGGCUUGUAACGGCCCAAUCGAUCGUUGACGACCGCAUCUUGGUGGACGGGCAGAGGAACUUUCAGCUGUCUGCGGACAGCUGGAGCCUGACGUUCAUGACGCAGACAGGAACGAACUGCCAAGACCACGUGGAUUCUUUGGACAUCGUCCACAGCGACACUAACGAAGUUGAGACCUUGUCGUUCACCUGUUGGAUGUCAUCAGGAACCGCCAUGGUCCAUGGGGGUGUCAACCUCAAGACGAUUGGCGAAUUCUACCCAGAGAAGGAGUAUGGGACCUACCAAGUUAGCAGCGGCUACAACACGUGGGUCCUCGACAACAUGGUGACAAGUGAUCAGUUUGGAGCCUUCAUGGGCGGCGCGCUGAUGGGCAUGAUCGGCUUCGUGACCAUGCUGGUUGGAUCCAUCUUCUGGUGUGUGGCCUGCUGCUGCUGCUGCCAAGCAGGCCAGCAAGCAGCCGCAGCUGCCGCCACCGCGCCUGUUGGGGGGCCUUCCCCGACCUAUUAUGGCCAGCAGCCCUAUGGCCAGCAGCCGCCCCCAACCUACCAGGGAGGUGUGUCGAACCAGGGGCAGGUGGUCGUGGUUGGCCAGCCGCUGCAAGCACAAGGACAGUGCGUCGCCUGA